AUGAAUACGCUUCCAAACAUUUCGGUGGUGGAUUUCUAUUCAACAGAAAUAACAUAUCAGUCCACUGGGAUAAGGAAACAAUCUAGCCAGCAACAGUCCAAUGUGGGAUCAGGUCUGUUUGGAGAAAGAUUGAGUUAUCUCGGGUCCUAUAGAAGUCCAGAGUUUCAAACUCCAGCCUUUCAGAGCCCGUUGUUUCAGGUUCCUGUGUUCAGUAUCCAGGGCCAAACGAGUCAGGUUCCAGGGAUAACCCCUGAGAUGUUGCAUCAACGAUUUUCAGAAAUAGAGCAUGCUAUGGCUACACAAGUGGAGCGUUUUGAGGAUACUUUUCAAAGGCUAAUUGACCAUAAUUCAAAUACAGGAAGUGCUGCACUUAGUAGAUCUAUGACGCCAGGAGUUAAUACGGCUACAGGAGCAGCAAGUUCAGAUGUGCCACCAGUCAGUAUGGUUAAUAAUCCUUUAUAUCAUGCAAUAUUCCAGACAUCUGCAACAGAUACUCCGGUGCAGAAUCUCGGAGCGGGACCAAGUAACAAUGGAUCUCACAACGCAGCAUUACAAGGAAUACAAAGUUGGUAUUACCCAGUUGUUCCAAGUCAGCCAGCUUUUGUGUCACCACCAGGGAAUUUUACUUUUGAUGGACGGCAAUUGCCUCCAUUGUCUCCUCAAUAUGGCACACCAGUGAUGAUUCUUGGAAUGUCAUGGGGGCAACAAUUACCCUAUCAAAGAUUCCAGGCGCAAUGGCCGGUGACUCCGGGAAUGCAACAGGUGGGAAAUGCAACAAAUAAUACUCUUGCAAGGAAUGCGCAAGAGACGAAUCAAUUUCAGUUGCAAAAUGCUGCAUUUCCACAGCAAGUUUUACCAAUGCAACAUCAACAAGGAUCAGUGGUGGUCCUAUCGCAACUGAAUGGACAAGAAGGUGCGCCAAGACUAAUGUACAUACCACUGGGAACAGCAGGUGUAGGUGUCCAAGGAACUGCGGGUGUAACAAUCAAUCAGGGCCAUGAUGGUACGGGAAACAAUCAAGGUGUUGUUAGUGAAAAUGCAAGGCGGGCUGGUCAACAUGUACAAGCGACCAAUGACCACCGCUUUAUAUUAUAUCAGAACCGAGUACCAGGAAAUAAUACUGCAGCUGGAAAUUUAGAUGAUCCACACAUACCUCAAGGCUCUGGUGUUGUGGUUGCUGAUCCACAAAUUGCUCCACCUCAUCAAACAUUGGAAGAGAAUAGAGAGGAACAACAGGAUACCACACGAUUGUCAAUCGUUGAUCUUUCAGAAAUUCGACAGAAGUUUGGAGAAGCUGCGGAAGCUUACUUGAUACGCUUUCGUCAAAUGUAUGCCAAGAUCCCAGAUAAGUAUGAUGAGCCAACUAUUUUCAAGAUGGCAACUGCUGGAAUUCAGGAUUACAAAGUCAAGUUGGCUGUCACACCAUAUUCUGUUCGAUCCUUGAAUCAUUUGGCAGAUAUUGUAAGAAGAUGUGAGAAAGUCAUUAAAGAUAAAAGGGAGAAGAACCCGGGAAAGACGAAGCAUUGGUUCAACAAAGCUCCAGUAGCAGAAGUGAAUCAGAGUCAAUGGGUUCAUGAUGAGGACAACGAUGAAUACGAGGUUAAUGCUGCUGAAAUCGUCAAUGUCCGUAACUACACGUAUGACGCAUUACGUCGCCCUAUAGUUCCACAUUCUUAUACUACUCCCCCACCGGUAGGUGCACCGGCAGGCACCUCAGGGCAACCUGACGGAGCUAACGUUGUAGAGGAUCCAGUUGAAAGAAAUGUCAAUCCUUUCCCACCACAACACCAGGCUCGAAUGGUGAAUGUAGGAUUCGGAAGUCAUUCCUCUGACACAUGUUUAGUCACUGGUUGUGACGAUUGUGACAAAGUAUAUAAUAAGACAUGGGUACAAAAGGAAACACGUUUAGAUCCGGAGCAAGAGAAACUAAGAGCUGUGUCAGAUGCAAUCUUGAAUGCUUUGAACCAAAAUCAGCAACAGAGUUUACAACAUCAAGGUUUGCAUACAGAAGUUCUUCCGACGCAGCAACGAGUGCCCGUCCAUAGAAGAUUGGGGAAUACCAUUGUUAACCCUAGGGCUAACUCACCAUAUCAAGUUCAUAAUACAAGACCAUCAGUGUGGCAACGGAUUCAGUGUCCCAGCCAAAGGGACAAUACCAAGCCCAGGUCAGUCAGAGCAGCACCCGUGAAUGAUACAGAAUGGCAUUGCGUUGUUCAUCCCAAGUUCCCUACUCCACCAUUAAGGAAAGAAAAGAUGACUAGGACGCAGAAACAACGAUGGCAGAGGGUUAUGAAUAAACAAAAUAGGGAUGUAAUAGGAAAGUUAGGCACGGUUCAAGAGGAACAAUCCCCAUUGUCCCAGCAAACGUCAAUGAAUAAGUUUUCAGGGCAGGAAGAUAGACGGUCACAGUUGUGGGGAAAAGUGGAUACGUUCUUCCCACCAGUAAACAUGGUUUAUAUGUUACCGAAAACUUUUCGUUUGAAAGAACCUGCAACUGCAACAACUAUCAUCCCCAAAGCUGUUGCAGACACAUUGGUUGUUCCUGAAGCGGCUUCAUUUGUAACAGAACCACAUGACGCUACAGUUGGUGGUAUUCAGCUACUAUCUCAAGAAGAUGGACCAGAAAUCAUAGCUGCCGAUGCAAGUCCAUUUACAGCUCAAGCUAAUGCUGUAGAGGCUUAUUAUUAUGACAGUGAAGUAGGUCCAUACCGUUUUGUUCGGAUGGACAAGUAUGGUCGGCCACAACAGGCCACUAUGCGUCGUGAUAUGAGUCUUCCAGAGUGGAAGUUGCUUUUACAAGAAUUCAGCAGGCCAUACAAUUACAACAUGUUAAGGCCGUUGCCAGCUGCUCCGUCUAUUGAAGAAGUAUCUAAUUAA